UGUCAUGGCCGGAUCGGCUCCCGACCGCUAGGAGGAACAGGGAGGGUUCCUUGUGUCGCCCUUAGCGGGGAGAAGGAAGCUGUCUGCAUCCAAACAGUGCGGGACGAAGCCAAAGCCGCGGCAGGAGGAGAACACUUUGACUUUUCGGACGUUCUUUACAUGGGGGCGAAAAAUGACAUCGUCAGUGGGAGAAAGGAGGGCGUUUGCUCAUAAGAUCAACCGAACAAUUGCAGCGGAGGUCCGAAAACAAGUGGUCAGAGACUAUGGCUCACCUCAGCUGUCCAAGAAACGAGGAGGUGCACACCACCCUAUGCCCCUGACAGAAGUGGUCGAGCCUGUGGACUUUGAGGAGUAUGUGAGCAGUCACCCACCUGGGGUGGAGCUUGGCCCCCUCAGACAGCUAAUGGAGUUCCCUCAGGAUGACCUCGAGCUCCUCCAGCAGGAGAAAGAGUGCACUACACUGGAGCCUCCUCUUCCUGAGGAGGAGGACUCGCUGGAUCCCAGAGUGAGAGACGCUUUGGCGGUCUACACAGACGACUGGCUCGUUAUUCACAGGAAAUAUCAGCGCUACAGCACCACCUACACCCCUCACAACUCUGAGCGACAGAGGGAGCGGCAGCGAGGGCUGGUUAAACAGACCUUUGAGCUGGACGAGGCUGCUGCUUCUGAGCGACAGGAGGACCAGGAUGAGGCAAAGCGGCGGUCAGUUAGCCUUGAUGAGACUCCUCGUGGGAGCUGGGCCUCCAGCAUCUUUGAUCUGAAGAACUCCUCCCCAGAUGUCCUCCUCCCGUCUGUGCUGGAGCGCACAGCUGCAGAGGACAUGGACCGCCUCAACACGGAGGCACGGCUGCAGGGGCGCCACAGCGACCUGCUCGGGCUGUACCCUCCCCCAGAUGAGGAUGAAGCAGUAGAGAGAUGUUCUCCCCCUGAAGUACCCAAAGACCACUGUGGUCAGAGGAUUAUGGUCAAAUGUUUGUCUCUCAAGUUUGAAAUUGACAUUGAGCCGAUAUUUGGAUCUCUCGCUCUUUAUGACAUUCGAGAAAAGAAAAAGAUCUCCGAGAAUUUUUACUUUGACCUAAACUCGGAUCAGAUGAAGGGAAUGCUCAAGCCUCAUACACCUCAUGUUGCCAUAUCCACACUGGCCCGUUCUGCCAUCUUCUCUGUCACGUACCCUUCUCCUGACAUCUUCCUGGUCAUCAAGCUUGAGAAAGUCCUUCAGCAGGGAGACAUCGGCGAAUGCUGUGAACCCUACAUGGUGAUGAAAGAAUCCGAUUCGUCUAAGCACAAAGAAAAGCUGGAGAAGCUGCGUCUUCAGGCGGAGCAGGCUUGUAACCGUCUCGGCCGUUUUCGGAUGCCUUUUGCCUGGACAGCCAUUCACCUCGUCAACAUCGUCAGUGGUGCAGGAAACCUGGACCGGUCCGACCCAGACUCUGAUUCUGAACGAAAAGGCCUUGGCACCUGGAAUGAGAGGAAGAAGAAGGGAUUUGAGAGGAUGAGUGUUGGCGAUGAGAUGUGCAACUUUGCUACAUUUCGUCCAGCGACUCUCACAGUUACCAACUUCUUCAAACAGGAGGGCGACCGGCUGAGCGAUGAGGACCUGUACAAGUUUUUGGCAGACAUGCGGAGGCCGUCCUCCGUCCUGCGACGACUGAGGCCUGUCACAGCUCAGCUGAAGAUUGACAUAUCUCCAGCACCGGACUCUCCACACUACUGCCUGUCCCCAGAGCUGCUGCACGUGAAGCCGUACCCAGACCUGCGUGUUCGGCCAACCAAAGAGGUGCAGGAGUUUCCCGCUCGCCACGUCUACACACCUCACACCAUGUACAGGAACCUGCUCUAUGUUUACCCGCAAAGUCUGAACUUCAGCAGCCGUCAGGGGUCAGUGAGAAACAUCGCAGUGAAAGUUCAGUUCAUGGCAGGAGAGGACCCCAGCCAAGCUUUACCGGUUAUCUUUGGAAAGUCCAGCUGUGCUGAGUUCAUAAAUGAGGCUUACACUCCUGUCAUCUACCAUAACAAAUCACCUGAGUUCUACGAGGAGAUGAAGAUGAAGAUUCCUGCCAAUCUGACAGACAACCACCAUCUGUUGUUCACCUUCUACCACAUCAGCUGCCAACCCAAGCAGAACACUCCUCUGGAGACCCCUGUGGGCUACACGUGGAUACCUUUGAUGCAACACGGCCGGCUACGCACCGGCUCCUUCAGCCUCCCCGUUUCCGUGGAGAAGCCGCCUCCUAGCUACUCCGUACUCACCCCCGACGUUCAGCUUCCAGGCAUGAAGUGGGUGGAUAAUCACAAAGGAGUGUUCAAUGUCGAGGUGACAUCAACCUCCUCUGUUCACACUCAGGACCCACACCUGGAUAAGUUCUUCACUCUGGUCUACGUUCUGGAGGAGUACUCCUUCCCCUUCCGGCUCAAGGACGUCAUCAUAACUGAGGCGAACAUGGAGGUGGAGCUAAAGGGCAGCAUGGCAGCUCUCAAAGGAGCUCAGCUGGAUACAUGUGUCAGGUUUUUGCAUCAGCUGCUCAACAAGCUAAUUCAGCUCAUCGUCUACCCACCGGUCAUUGCCGGCCAAAUAGUGAACCUGGGCCGAGCUGCUUUUGAAGCCAUGGCUCUGCUGGUUAAUCAGAUCCACAAAAACCUGGAGGGAAACCAGGAUCAGCAUGGUCGCAACAGCCUUCUGGCGUCUUACAUCCAUUACGUCUUCCGCCUGCCCACUGCAGAACCUGCACUACCCCCCACAGGUGAGAGCUCAGAAGCAGGCUCAAAUGGAUCCAUAAAGAUUGUGUUUUUUAUCAGACUUAGGAUUCUUUUUUUCACCCAUUUAGGUGCCCACUCCUAUGAGUUGCCCAUGCAGUAUGCUACCUUAUCCAGAGCAACGGGCCGCCCAAGCAGUCUGCAUCUGUCCCGCUCAAAGAGCAUCAGCAACUCCAACCCGGACCUGGCCAGCACACCGGUUUCCCCUGAUGAAGAAGUCCAGAGGAUCAUAGGAAGCAAAGGCAUUGACCGCUCCCACUCCUGGGUAAACUCUGAUUAUGCCCCUGGGGGCUCCAGAUCUGUGCUACGUCGGAACCCCAACUCCAGCUGUGAGCUCAAGCAGGCAAGCGACUUCAACAGCAAUCGCAUGUCUGCCUUUCUGGACAGCGUGGCCUUGUUAACAGUUCCCACAAAGAUUACAAAGAAGCUUCUUCAUGAAGAGCUGGCGCUGCAGUGGGUGGUCAGUACCAGCACCGUGAGGGAAGCAGCUCUACAUCAGGCCUGGUUUUUCUUCCAGCUAAUGACUAAGAGCAUGGCUCAUCACUUAUUCCUCACCUCCAAACUGGAGGCUCCCAGACGUCUGCGGUUCCCAGACCGGUUUAUCGAUGACAUCGCUGCUCUUGUGUGUGCCAUCAGUGCAGACAUCGCUAGCCGAUAUCAUAAGGAUGUGGAGCUCAUGGAGAGGUUAAACAACAGUCUGGCCUUCUUCCUGAAUGAUUUACUGUCUCUCAUGGACCGGGGUUUUGUGUUCAACCUCAUUCGCUCUUACUACAAACAGAUUUCCAACAAGCUCCACACAGCACAAAAUAUCAGCUCCAUGAAUGCCCUGAGGAUGGACUUCAUCCGUAUCGUCUGCAGUCAUGAGCAUUAUGUCAUCCUCAACUUACCCUGCUCCACUCUGAGCCCCCCAGCAUCCCCCUCUCCUUCUACCUCCUCCACCACCUCACAAAGUUCAGCGUUUUCAAGUAUGGUCCAGGACCUGGGUGUGGCCACCAUGUUUGAAAUCUCCGUCCCUUUUCGCCAUCAGCACUUCCUGUCGGGCCUGCUGCUCACGGAGCUGUCUCUCAUUCUUGAUCCUGAAGGCGAAGGGGUUUUUUUCCUCCAUAAAAAAGCCAUCAGCGCUGUUCACUCCUUGCUGUGCAGCCAUGAUGCAGACCUUCGCUACAGGGACCUGCAGGUCAGAGCCAGCAUUGCCAAGCUCUACCUGCCACUCAUCCCCAUCGUCAUGGAGACGCUCCAUCAGCUCCAUGAUUUCUGUGACUCCUCUCUUGCUCGAGUCCGCCUUUCUUCCGCCCUCACCGAAGAGAUUGAUCCAGACAGUGGCAACGUUAUUAGUCAGUCUGUUGCCAUGGCGAUCGCUGGCUCUCCAAUGGCGCAUGCCAAAGCAAACGCAUUUGUUCUUCCCUCUGUGGCUGCUCGCCAGUCCAGCUCUCUCUCUGCAGAGUGCAGCAGGACUCUGUUGGUGUGUUUCCUGUGGGUACUGAAGAACGCAGAUGCAUCUCUCCUGGAGCGCUGGGUGUCUGAUCUGUCGGUGCUCCAAAUCAACCGUUUGCUGGAUCUGCUUCAUCUCUGUGUCUCCUGCUUUGAAUACAAGGGAAGAAAGACUCUGGAAAGGAUCAACAGUCUGACAUUUAAAAAGUCUCAGGACAUGAAGGCCCGGCUGGAGGAGGCUAUACUGGGUACAGUAGGAGCUCGUCAGGAGAUGGUUCGCCGCUGCAGAGAAAGGAGCCCUUAUGGCACCCAGGAGAAUGUCAGGUGGAGGAAGAAUGCCACUCACUGGAAACAAAACACAGACCGAGUCGACAAGAGCAAGGCUGAGAUGGAGCAGGAGUCCGUGGUGGAUGGAAACCUGGCCACCGAGGCCUCGCUGAUCGUACUGGACACACUGGAAAUCAUAGUGAAGACGGUGGUUGCAUCUGAACUGAAAGAGAGCGUUUUAGGGGGGGUGCUGCGAGUGCUUCUGCACAGCAUGGCAGGAAACCAGAGUGCCCUCUUUCUGCAGCACUGCUUCACUACACAGAGAGCUCUGGUGUUCAAGUUCCCAGAGAUGCUCUUUGAGGAGGACACGGAGCUUUGUGCAGACCUGUGUCUGCGUCUUCUCCGACACUGCAGCAGCAGCGUUAGCCCGGUCAGGAGUCACGCCUCAGCCUCUCUUUACCUGCUCAUGAGGCAGAACUUUGAGAUUGGAAAUAACUUUGCACGAGUAAAGAUGCAGGUCACCAUGUCUCUGUCAUCACUGGUGGGAACAUCGCAGAACUUUAAUGAAGAGCAUCUUCGCCGGUCGUUAAAAACAAUCUUGACGUACGCCGAAGAAGACCUAGAGCUGCGUGACACGCCUUUCCCAGAGCAGGUGCAAGAUCUGGUGUUCAACCUCCACAUGAUUCUGACCGACACUGUGAAGAUGAAGGAGCAUCAGCAGGAUCCUGAAAUGCUGAUCGACCUGAUGUACAGGAUUGCUAAAGGCUACCAGAACUCUCCUGACCUGCGCUUGACGUGGCUGCAGAACAUGGCAGGGAAACACUCGGAGCGAGGGAACCAUGCAGAGGCAGCCCACUGCCUCGUUCACAGUGCUGCACUGGUGGCAGAAUACCUCAACAUGCUGGAGGACUGCCGCUACUUGCCAAUCGGAUGUGUCACAUUUCAGAAUAUUUCAUCUAAUGUAUUAGAGGAAUCAGCAGUAUCGGAUGACAUCCUGUCCCCUGAGGAGGAGGGCAUUUGUGCUGGGAAAUAUUUCAGCGAGUCCGGCCUGGUGGGCCUCCUGGAGCAAGCAGCUGCCUCCUUUAACAUGGCAGCCAUGUACGAGGCCAUAAAUGAGGUCUACAAGAUUCUGCUGCCCAUCCAUGAAGCCAACAGAGACUUCAAAAAGUUGGCCACUGUCCACGGAAAACUGCAGGAUGCGUUCAACAAAGUCUGCAACCAAAGUUCAGGAUGGGAGAGAAUGUUUGGGACCUACUUCCGUGUAGGUUUCUAUGGUUGCCAGUUUGGAGACUUGGAUGAGCAAGAGUUUGUCUACAAGGAGCCUUCCAUCACUAAGUUAGCUGAAAUCUCCCACAGGCUGGAGGAGUUCUACGCAGUGAAGUUUGGGGAUGACGUGGUGGAAAUUAUCAAGGACUCCAACCCAGUAGACAAGACCAAACUGGAUCCCAGUAAGGCCUACCUCCAGAUCACCUAUGCUGAGCCUUACUUUGACACAUAUGAGCUAAAAGAAAGGAUCACCUACUUCGAUAAGAACUACAACCUACGUACCUUUAUGUACUGCACCCCCUUCACUCUGGACGGCCGGGCCCACGGGGACCUGCAUGAGCAGUACAAACGCAAAACCAUCCUGACAACAUCUCACGCCUUCCCUUAUAUAAAGACACGCAUCAAUGUUGUCCACAAGGAGGAGAUUAUUCUCAUCCCCAUGGAGGUGGCUAUUGAAGACAUGCAGAAGAAGACUCAAGAGCUUGCUUUUGCCACAAACCAAGACCCUGCAGACCCUAAAAUGCUUCAGAUGGUUCUGCAGGGCUGUGUGGGGACUACUGUCAACCAGGGUCCCCUUGAGGUGGCGCAGGUCUUUCUCUCUGAGAUUCCUGAUGAUCCAAAGCUGUUUCGCCAUCACAACAAACUGCGCCUUUGCUUUAAAGACUUCACAAAGAGGUGUGAAGAUGCCCUGCGGAAAAACAAGGCGCUUAUUGGACCAGACCAAAAGGAGUACCACAGGGAGUUGGAGAGGAACUACAACAAACUGAAAGAAGCUCUGGGUCCUCUCAUCAACCGCAAGAUCCCCCAGCUGUACCGGCCCCUGCCAGCUCUGACUGUGCUAACACAACGAAACUCCUACAGCAGGUCCAGUCUUCGAAAAGUCGACUGCUGAAAUGCAGAAAUAAGGAAAAAGACACAAAGCACCGAGCCGCAGAGAUUAAAACAUCUCUGGUAAAAGUCACUGCCUACCAGACAAACUACAACAAAAGUCUCAGUAAGCGACCAAAUAACUGACAUUCCUCUCUUCUCCAGUUGUAACGUUUAUCUGCACGUCUCUGUUUAUGGGAAUAUAAGUGGGCUCAUUCUGUGCAAGCUCAGCUCUCAGGGCUUGUAAAUAAGGUAAAUGCCAGAAUGGGGCGUUUAAAUGUGUUUCUUUUCCCCUUUUAAACUGUGAAAUUCUUUUUGAUGCACUGUAGACACAUCAGAUGUUUAUCACACACAAGCACUGCCUCCAGUCGGGCCAUCUCAUUCAUCCACACAAUUAUCUCAACCUGCAGCAACAGAAAAGAUUUAACCUAGGUAGGAUAGCUGUUUAUCUGUGUGAGCUGCUGUUAAAACACUCGUUUGUAGCAUACUUCUGUUUAUGGAUGGUUUUAUGUUUUUGUAGCCAUUUCUUACUAUGUGUUAAAUUACACUUCUCAAAAAAAGGUGGCACAUCAACACUGUAACAAAUAAACUAUCUGUGCUUUUUUAUUUUUAUUCAAAUGAAAACUGCUAUUAGAUUUUUAUUUAUUUACCCUGCUUUCUAUUAAACUUUUCUGUCUGAACAA